AUUGAGAUAAGUUGUAAGAAAAUGUAACCAGCAGGCAGUUCUUGUUCUAGAACUCGCUGGAUCAUCACUCGAUAUUUGAAUCAGAAGAUGUGACGACUUCUACGUGAAACGUCGUGCGCGAUUUCGCGCUAUGACAUCUUCAAAAAUGAGCACCUGUCCUCCAAGGUUUUUAGCGGCCAUCGUCGUGCUUGCGAAGCAGGUGUCUUGUCGGGAUGCGACGCAGAAUCGCAGAGACUUGGCGGACUACCUCCUAGAACCUACUAACAAGGAGCUCUUCGCGAAAGAAGAUGAAUCGCUCUUCACGACUGGCAUUAGGGAGAAGCUCGAGGAUGGGG